GAUGAACAACAUCUCAUCCUUGUUUUCUUUCUCCUCCAGGUGGCCAACCUGCUGCGACUCUUCCAGAUCCCUCAGAUCAGCUACGCCUCUACCAGCGCUAAGCUCAGCGAUAAGACUCGUUACGACUACUUCGCCCGCACCGUGCCCCCCGACUUCUAUCAGGCAAAAGCUAUGGCCGAGAUCCUGCGCUACUUCAACUGGACGUACGUGUCCACGGUGGCGUCGGAGGGCGACUACGGCGAGACCGGGAUCGACGCGUUCCAGCAGGAGGCCCGGGCCAGACAGAUCUGCAUCGCCACCUCGGCCAAAGUCAGCCGCUCCAUGAGUCGCUGGAGUUACGAGAACGUGAUCCGCUCCCUGCAGCAGAAAUCCAACGCCAAGGUGGUCAUCCUGUUCACGCGCAGCGAGGACGCCCGCGAGCUGCUGGUGGCGGCCAACCGCAUGAAUGUCACCUUCACCUGGGUGGCCAGCGACGGCUGGGGGGCGCAAGAGAGCGUGGUGAGGGGCAGUGAAGCUGUGGCGGAUGGGGCGUUCACCAUUGAACUGGCUUCUUAUCCGAUCCCUCAGUUCAACGACUACUUCACCGGCCUCCACCCGUACAACAACACCAGGAACCCCUGGUUCAGGGAGUACUGGGAGAACCAGUUCCAGUGCAGCCUGCACGAUCUGGGCUGUGGGAAACAUUCUCUGCGGGAAACCCCGUUUCAACCAGAGUCCAAGAUCAUGUUUGUGGUCAAUGCGGUUUACGCCAUGGCCGCCGCCUUACACAACAUGAGGCAGGCUUUAUGUCCCAACUCCACCAAAGUGUGUGACGCUCUCAAACCCGGCAACGGAAGAAAGUUCUACAGGGAUUACAUUCUCAAAGUCAAGUUUGAUGCACCUUUUCGUCCACCCGACACAGAAAACGUAGUUCGCUUCGACGCCUUCGGGGACAGCCUCGGCCGCUACAACAUUUUCCACUAUCACAAAGAGGACGGACGCUACACCUACCGUAAAGUCGGCUACUGGUCUCAAGACCUGACCUUGAACACCAGUCUGAUCCCCUGGGAUGGUCAGGUGGCUCCCACCUCCCAGUGCAGUGACCCCUGCAGGAAGAACGAGGUGAAGAGCAUGCAGCCCGGAGAUGUCUGCUGCUGGAUCUGCAUCCCCUGCCAGCCGUACCAGUACCUGCAGGACGCCUUCACCUGCGCAGACUGCAGCUUCGGACAGUGGCCGCUGGCCAACCUGACCGGUUGUUACGACCUGCCCGAGGAGUACAUCCGCUGGGAAGACGCCUGGGCUAUAGGACCCGUCACCAUUUCCUGUUUAGGGAUGAUGUGUACGCUCUUUGUCAUCGGCCUCUUCCUCAAACACAACGAAACACCGGUGGUGAAGGCCAGCGGUCGGGAGCUCUCCUACAUUCUCCUGCUGGGCGUGUUGAUGUGUUACAGCAUGACCUUCAUCUACAUUGCCAAACCCUCCACGGCCGUGUGUACACUGCGCCGGCUGGGCCUGGGAACUUCCUUCGCGGUGUGCUACUCCGCCCUCCUCACCAAGACCAAUCGCAUCGCGAGGAUCUUCAGCGGGGUGAAGGACGGAGCCCAGAGACCUCGGUUCAUCAGUCCGGCCUCCCAGGUUGCCAUCUGCGGCGCUCUGAUCUCCUGCCAGCUCAUAGUGGUGGUGGUCUGGCUGGUGGUGGAGGCCCCGGGGGUCAGAAAGGAAGUGAGCCCAGAGAGAAGGGACGUGGUCACCCUCAAGUGCAACAGCAAGGACUCAAGUAUGCUCAUGUCGCUCACCUACAACUGCAUCCUGAUCAUCCUGUGCACAGUCUACGCUUUCAAGACCCGCAAAUGUCCCGAGAACUUUAACGAGGCCAAGUUCAUCGGGUUCACCAUGUACACCACCUGCAUCAUCUGGUUGGCUUUCCAGCCCAUUUUCUACGUGACUGCCAGCGACUACAGGGUGCAAACUACCACCAUGUGUAUCUCUGUCAGCCUGAGUGGCUCAGUGGUGCUCGGCUGUCUCUUUGCUCCAAAGGUCCACAUCAUCAUGUUCCAGCCCCAGAAGAAUGUCAGCAACCUGAGGGUGGCCACCACCCGCUUCAGUGUUACCACGGGCCCCGGCUCCAGUUUCUCUCAAGCAUCGGCCUCUAAUGUCGUUCCGACGGUGUGUAACGGACGAGAGGUGGUGGACUCCACAACGUCCUCCUUGUGAAGAUCUGCUGCGUUUGCAUUUUAAACAGAGUAUAACCACUAGUCCCGAAUCAGGUGUCUCCGAUAUAAAAGAGGUCACGCAGACGAUUGUCCUGAAUUAGUUGUCCUCAAAGUGCUGUGAGUGCAAUGUUCCAAUUACUUCAUUUUAUUCUUUGA